CAGCCUCUUCGGGGCACUCUUUUCGGUGAAAUCCUGGAAGCACGCGGAGAACCGCGAAUAUCAACGCGGCAAGGAUGCUUCGUCACCGGCGGCAAGUGUGAAGAGAUGGCGGGGGAACCGCCGGCGGGCACCGGCCGUGUGGUUCUUGUCAAGAAGAUCAUCAUGAAGGACGGAGUCGCGCUCCAGCAGGGAAUUGGCCGGCCCAGUGUAUACCAUGCAGUUGUGGUCAUCUUCUUGGAGUUCUUUGCCUGGGGUUUGCUGACCACACCCAUGCUCACAGUGCUACAUGAAACAUUUCCACAGCACACGUUCCUAAUGAAUGGGCUCAUUCAAGGAGUUAAGGGUCUUUUGUCGUUCAUGUCUGCCCCUCUGAUUGGUGCAUUAUCGGAUGUGUGGGGGAGACGUUCAUUCCUAUUGGUCACUGUCUUCUUCACCUGUGCUCCAAUCCCUCUUAUGAGACUCAGCCCUUGGUGGUACUUUGCCAUGAUCUCCAUGUCGGGAGCGUUCUCCGUGACCUUCUCUGUCAUCUUUGCCUACAUUGCAGAUGUGACGGAUGAAAGAGAGAGGAGUACAGCCUAUGGUCUGGUGUCUGCGACAUUCGCAGCCAGCCUGGUGACCAGCCCGGCAAUCGGGGCAUAUUUGUCAGCAUGGUAUGGAGACAACCUAGUCGUUCUGGUGGCUACACUGAUCGCUCUUGUGGACAUUUGCUUCAUCCUGCUUGCUGUGCCUGAGUCUCUGCCAGACAAGAUGAGGCUUAACACCUGGGGAGCACCUAUUUCCUGGGAACAAGCUGACCCGUUCGCUUCUCUGAGGAAGGUGGGUCAGGACCCCACAGUCUUGCUCAUCUGUAUCACAGUGUUCCUGUCAUAUUUACCUGAGGCCGGACAGUACUCCAGCUUCUUCCUCUACUUGCGACAAGUGGUCAAUUUCUCCUCUACAACAAUCGCUGUUUUUAUUGGAGUUGUGGGAAUUCUGUCCAUUGUUGCACAGACUCUCGUACUCACACUCCUUAUGAGGACUCUUGGUAAUAAAAACACUGUUUUAUUGGGUCUGGGCUUCCAGAUUCUUCAGCUGGCCUGGUACGGCUUAGGAUCAGAGCCUUGGAUGAUGUGGGCAGCUGGGGCUGUUGCCGCCAUGUCCUCUAUAACCUUCCCUGCAGUCUCAGCUCUGGUGUCGCAGUCUGCUGAUCCUGAUAAACAAGGCGUUGCCCAGGGAAUGAUAACAGGGAUCAGAGGUCUGUGUAAUGGUUUAGGUCCAGCUCUUUAUGGAUUCGUCUUCUUCCUCUUCAAUGUGGAGCUUAACACCAUGGACCCCAUCCAGGGAGACUUUGACCCCCUGCCUCUUCACAGUCCAACUGAACAAACGCUCAUCCCUGGCCCACCUUUCCUUUUGGGGGCAUGUACAGUGGUUGUUGCCUUCAUCGUUGCUCUCUUCAUCCCAGAGAAACUGUCCUCGAGCUCGCCAUCCUCUCCUCUGCCUCUUAGCGACAAGCCACGCCCCGCUAGCAAAGAGUCACUGUCCUCGCUGGCAGGCAUCCAUAUCAACACACCUCUCCCAGGCAGCGACGAAGAAACUCCUCCGACUGCCAGUGAUGAGGACUUUGAGCCUCUGCUGCAGGACAGUAUUGUUUGAUGGACCAAAGCGUGUAGAACUCACAAUGUAAAUGGAUUGAUUGGCAUUUUGUUUAAAAGAAGAGCACAUUUCCAUUGCUGCUAGGUGAGUAAACAAUUGUGAUUGACAGCACGAUGCUGAACUUGCAUUGAUGAGCUGACCAGAAGAGCCAUCACAUGGUUCAACAGAGUGGUAGGGACAAAGUCUUCUAAAUGUGAAGCUAGUGUUUAACUGGAUAAAAACAGUUGUCUGGUUGGUAUAAUGAGGUUGUGACCAGCAUAGACAUCACACUGGCAAUGACACCAGCUUUUGAUCUGCUUGAACUGGGAAAGUUUCUUAAAAAUAGAUGGUGGGAUUGCUAAGAAGAAACUUCAUGCUUAAAGUGGAAGAAUAUUUUUAAGAAAGUUAUUAUAUUCAGCUGAAUUAUAGCUGAAUUGAACUGAUGUUGAAUUUUAUAUUGCGUGUUGUAUAAUUGAAACGUCUCUGCAACAUAUUUACAGCUGCUAAAGAAUCAGAAUUGAUAUUUGUAAAUUUUUACUUGUAGAGGGAGAACAGAAUAUGAGCAUCUAUAAUACUCUAGGAGAUAAUUCAGCCACAUAAAAUUUUACUUUUCACGAUCAUUUAUAUUUAAAAACCUACUGAAUAUCCAUCCAUCCAGCCGUUCAUCUUCCACUUAUCAUGUUUCGAUAAUGGGAUCAGUUACCUAAGCAGUGAAGCUCAGACUUUCCUCUUUCUCCUGGUGGACUUGCCAACUUCACUUUGUAGUAAGCAUCAAAACCAGAUGUUUUGAGCCACCUUUCAAUGCUACUCUUAAGCCCCCGCCCCCCGUUACUGAGCUUCUCACCUUAUCUCUAAAAGCAUCUGCUUUUAAGUCAGUUUCUAUGUUUGUUACACUACCUCAGAUCGCACUCAACCUGUUUACUUAUCUGUUAGAAUUGUUUUAUUCGUUUUUAUUUGAAAUUGGAGUGUGAAAGUGCUUCUGAGUACUUGAAUUUGAAGCAUACAUUCUGGUGCUAUUUCAACCACAGAUUACAUAUUUUCUUCAAAUUGUUAAAAUAUGGAACAUUUUACUCCAUCUAGCCAUUUUCUACACUGCUUCUUCUUAUUAGGGUUGCUGAAGCCUAUCUCGGCUGACUUUGAGUUAUAGGCGAAGUACAGUACAACCUGCCUGGUCACCAGCCAAUCGCAGAACAUAGCUCUUACUAAUAUAAUACAACAAUAUUUCCAAUGUGUUCAUAAAAUAACACCGAUUUUGGUGUCAUUGUGAAUGUGUUCCAGUUUUUCCCUCACCAGUGUUUUACUACCUACAUGUACAUAUGAAAAAAAAAUCUGCUUUGCACAGAAGCCAUCGCUUUGUCACUUUGCCAAAAAAAUUUUUCUCUGGCAAUUUAAAAUUUAACUCAGUGCAUCUCUUGACCCACAAUCCUACAAUUGUUACAAAUGUUUGUAAUGUUUGUACUUACUGAAAGCUUUAGAGAGAAGGCUGAGGAAGGAAUGUCUAAGAUUUUUAUUUUAGAUAAGUGUUUGUUUUAUGACUUUAAAAUGUAACUGAACACAUGAAUGAUGGGGUUGUUCGAACUGUUAUGAAGGUUUCUGGUUCCAACGCAAAGGCACAAUCUUGAAGGAUUAAUGACACUCUGUAACUAACAAUGAAAGGUUAAUAAUUUGAAAAGACAUCACACAUUACAAUUGUGAUAAACUGCCGCCCAUUUACUCCACUGAUAUCAUAUCGUAGACAAAGUGUGACAUCUAAAAAACGAAGACAAGCUUUUUCUCAAAAUUAUCCAUCCCAUAUCACACAUUAUAAAAUGUAUGUGCAUAAUGUCAUUUGAUUGUUACCCACUUUCUAGACGUUCUUCAGCAGUGAUGUCUCAACACUGUAAAUACUGUACAUGAAUUUAAAUGUUUAUCAUUAAAUGUAAUGUACAUGGAAUUCAAUGUAAAUAAAAUGUAUGUUCUAAAUGUGUUCAGGCAUUUGUUGAGCAGUAGGAAUUAAAAGUCAAUAUAACUUGACACAAACUUUACUGAGUCACGUUCAUAUUUUUGUGUGUUAGUAAAUGGUAAAGAUAUUUCUAUUCCCUCCCAACCUCAUCCCCCGCUGAGUACAUUAUCAUUCAUAAACCAUAGACUUCAUAUUAUAUUGACAGGUCCGAUUAAUAGGGCGCCUAUCUUUGUCAAAGCUGACCAAGUGGAAACAGAGAACGAGCUUUUU